AUGGCGUCUCUGUAUUCAGGUGCGUCGAAGAUCGUAGACAAAGUGAUCAAAAAGAAAGGCACUAUAAAGAGUCUUGUAAUAGAGAGUGAUUUCGAGAACAAGAAAAUUUUGUACGCUCUAGUUUGUGAGACCUUAAAAUACAAAAAAAUAAUCGAUGAAAUUUUAGAGCAGACAGAUUUACUAAAGCUUGAAAAGCAGUUAAAACUUAGCUUUGCAUUAGUAUUGGUAUAUGAAUUCCUAUUUGGCCAUGGUCUAAAGUGUGGUGGGAAGUUCAAACAGUGCAUAUCAAGGAAUAAAUCUAGCCUUAAUUCUGCACUUGCCAGGAUAAAAAUAAGAGAGAAGGUAUCAAGCAAUGCUGACCUACUUUCUACUAAAACUAAAGUAGCUGGAUCAAUCCCUAGAUAUGUGAGAGUAAACCUGCUUUUGACAUCCAUACGAGAUGUUGUCCAGCAUUUUAAGAAUGAAGGAUAUAAUAUGCUGGAAAUACCUCAAGAUCUCUUGAAAAAGGAAAGAAAGUCAUUCCACAUGGAUGAAGAUAUCCCAGAUGUUAUUGUAUUCCCACCAGCAACAGACUUACAUAACCAUCCUUUGUAUUUAAAAGGGCAUAUCAUACUACAAGACAAGGCAAGUUGUCUUCCUGCCCAUGUUCUUGAUCCCCCGCCAGGGAGUCAUGUGAUUGACGCAUGUGCAGCUCCUGGAAAUAAAACCAGUCAUCUUGCUUCUCGCAUGAAUAAUAAAGGCAAGAUACAUGCUUUUGACACUGACAGUCAUCGGCUUUCAACCAUGAAAAAGUUAAUGACCACAGCAGGAGUGAGCUGUGUUACCAUGAGAAACAUGAGCUUCUUGAAGGUUGAUCCAUCAGCUGAGGAAUACAAUGAUGUUGAGUACAUUGUUUUAGAUCCUUCAUGUUCUGGUUCAGGAAUAGUCAAUAGAAUGGAUCACCUCACUGAUGAUGAAAAGGGUGAUGACUUUCAAAGGAGACUGGACUCAUUAUCUCAGUUUCAACUCACAGCACUGUUACAUGCUCUUUCCUUUCCAUCUGUAAAGAAAGUUGUAUAUUCAACCUGCUCAGUCCAUAGACAGGAAAAUGAAGAUGUUGUAAAACAAGCAUUGAGUAAAUCACAAGGGGAAUUUGAAUUAUCUCCGAUAAUGGCAGCAUGGACCAACAGGGGUCUUCCAGUAUUCCCUGGUG